GCCAGCGUUGUUUGAACCAACGCCCUCGACAUGACAAGCUCUGAGCGGCUCUUCUUCUACCUCUUGCUGACCUUCGUGGCCUGUGGCACAGCUACCGACGACGAAGAAGCCGCCCCGUCGAAGCGUAGCUAUGGACGGAGAGAGGGUCCCGUUCACUUUCCACUGACUUAUUCCCACGGCCCCCGUGACGUCCAGCCGCCCUUUGGCUUCCAGAGGAGACAAGGGGGCGGUUCUCCUCCUCCUCCUCGGGGCUACAACGUGACCCGGCCAGAGGGUCGUCCUCUUUACUCAGAUUUGGCGGAAGAAUUACCAUACAGCUACGAGUACAACGUCAAGGACGACUACGAAGGCGCUCACUUUGGCCACAAGGAAUCAGGCGAAGGCAGCAACACGAAUGGCCAAUACUUCGUCCGUCUUCCAGACGGCCGCGUCCAAACCGUCACUUACUACACUGACAAAGAGGGAUUCCAUUCCGACGUAGCUUACGCCGGGAAUGUCAAGCCCGGGGCUACAGGUGAGGGUGGGUAUAGGAAGGCCCCUACCCCAGUUUACGGAAUCCCUGUGGCACCUCCCACGUUACCCGUUCCUCCUUACGAAGGAUUAAGGAUACCCUAUUUGCCAGAGACUCCUUAUAACAAAGGAAUUCCAGAACCAGUUCCCGGGAAAAGUCUGGUAAGAGUACCAGCAGGGGUUCCUGCGUACGCACCGUCCGUUUCAGGCUUAGCUCUUUACGCAUCCGUAAGACCUUACGGCGGACCCCCACUACCACCACCAGCGAACUAUCCGCAUGGGCCUUCUGCCUAUCCACUCUCAGAGGGAGAACCUUUUGAUCCUGAUACCAUAUACACAGACUCGAUAUCUCACACAGAAGGAUCACCCAUAGGCUCCUUCUACGCAGGAUCUUCUCAAAGGAGGGGGCCCUCCUCAGGCUACAUGUCUUCUGCUCUUGGCGGAGGAAUUCCCGAAACGCCCCGCCCGGCAGGGUUGACUCUCGAGAUCACGAAUCCACUCACCAACGAGACCCUCCUCGUCGACCUAGACGAAGUUGAUAAAAAAUUCGACCAGCCCGUGAUUAAGCAUAGUAAGCCCGGCGCUCAUCACGAACAAGAAGAAGUAGACAUCCCGGUGCCUGGUUUCGCCGUUGGAACGCUUUUCCGCAACGAGGUGGACGUGGAAAGCUUCAAAGGUAUAAGUAAAUCAAAGCAUGGUUAGCGCAGGCAGAUCUCCUUCGAGCUUUUGUUUAUAAUACUCCCAACUCCUCACAAGUAAAAUCAUUUUUAUAAACAUUUGUAUAUGUUACACUAAAGAAACAAAAAGUUUUUUUAUAUAUAUAUUCUAAUGGUCUUCGCCAGAAGAGCUGUAAGUUUGUUAAUAAAUAUUUGUUUUAAGAACA